AUUCCGAUUAAUGGAGGGCCGCUGUUACAACUGUGCCAAGUCCUUCAGAUUUUUCUCCCGUAGUCAUGAGUGUGGACUUUGUCGCAAGCUGUUUUGCUCUAGCUGUACGUCACACAAGAUGAACGUUGAUGUGGUUGGAAAUUUGGGAAAGAAGCAGAGAGUUUGUGAGCCAUGCUUUAGACGUCAAACCAGUGAACCUGAUGAUAAACGUAAGAACAAACAGAAAGACUCUCUAAAUACUGAUAAUAGUGACAUUCCCGGUGAUGACAAGAAAAGAGCAGCGGAAAUCCAGACAAGAUUGGACGAACUUAACAGCCGCAGUCCGCGUGAUGCCCCUCGGCGCCUCCCACGACAACAGGUGACCACAACCGAGACGUCGGAUGAUUGCCAAGAGCUUGCCGUCAGAUUGAUGAAGUUGAGGCAAGCUGAUAAGGCUGGUGCUGCAGUGCCUGAUGAAACGGAAUUAGCAAAAAGGUUGGCAACACUGAGACAGACUUCAGAGGACAGUAGUGAAGUGAAUUUGAAUUCAAGCACGCAAAACUCAGAGCCACAGGUAAAGACAUCGGAUUUCGAGCAGAUGGAGGAUCUCAUUAAACGAGCAAGAGACGAAGCAGCUUUGGAUCUCAACAGUCCUGAAAAGCAACUUGAAAAUCGUCUAGCGAACCUUAGAGACAAGGAGAAUGAUAGUCAGGGAUCUAAACAUCACAAAUCAACUGAUUCAGAAAAUCAAAGUGAUGAACUGGAUUCUCUGAUGAAAUGGGCCAAGGAUGCUGUGCAAAAUGAUAUUAGGCAAGAGAUGGAAGUCGAUCAGUUAAGACGUCAUGUGGCUGCAUUACAAAGUGAUAGAGAAUUGAAGUCUGGUCUGGAGCAAGGUGAUAAGCUGGCCGAAUCAUUGCCACGCAUCAAUAAUGAGAGCAGUGGAUCUGCUGUUGAUACAACUACAUAUACAAGUCAUGGCUUCAAUGAUCCUGACAGUGACAUAGAUGAUGUCAACGAGGCUGCCGAGGCGUCUAAACUGAUUGCACAGGUAAAUGAAGAAAUACAGUUGGACAAAAAUCUGGCAGAUAGAGGCCUGGACAACUUGCCAUCAAGACUCCAAGCAGAUCACCCUCACUCUGUUCUUGGUCCCCCUCCGUCACCACCUAAAUUGGAGGAGUUUCGGGACCAGUUACCAUGGUGUUGCAUCUGUAAUGAAGACGCUGCAGUGCGUUGUCAUGACUGUGAUGACGAUCUCUACUGUAAGCGUUGUUUCCGUGAGGGACAUGCUGAGUUUGACAUGCGUUCACAUAGAUGUUCUCCAUACAAGCAUUGACCUAAAUACCUUUAGAUGACUUCAAAAUAUUAAGAAUUUGCAUUACCAGAUUAUUUGUACCAAAUCUUUAAUAGAACACAUUGAUAACAACUGCCUUUAGAGUCUUUUCAUUUCAAUUGGGCUAUUUCUGUGUACAUCCAUGUAAUAGUAAUGAUCAAGGCAAGACAAGCA